AUUUGUUAUAAGGCGGCCUAUCUUAACAAUCAAUUAAUUUUCUCUCCCACAUUUUUCAGUCAAUAUUUUUCCACUCUCUCUCCUUCCUCUCUCUUUCCUCUCUCUUCUUCUUCUUCUUCUUCAUCAACUUCCCUUCCGCCAUUGUUAUAAAUCCUUCUCUUCUUCCCUUUUCUUCACCUGACCCUAAACCACUUCCAUAGCCUGACCUCGGAGAUUUCUCAUCCCCGUUCGCAAUGGAAGUGGCGGUUCCAGUCGCUCCCGUCGACUUCAACUUCGACAGCGCCUGUUCUUCGCCUUACAUGACCGCUCCUUCCAGUCCUCAGCGCUUCGGCAACUUCUUCUUCUCCAGCGCUCCGACUUCUCCUUCACACGCCGCCGCAUUCUACUACGAUUUCAACGAGUUUGAUUCUAGUUAUGGCGAUGGAAGGAGUUCUUCCGCUUCGGAAAUCCCUUUCCUGUGGGAGGACUUGCCUGGAAUUGCGAAAUCUGGAGGCGAUGGUUGUAGUAGUGUUGCUGAUGAGGAUUUUGAAUUCGAUUUCAGUGGACAAUUGGAACGGACUUCUUUGUCGGCUGAGGAGCUUUUCGAUUGCGGUAAAAUUAGGGCUCUAAAACCUCCGCCGUGUAAUCGAGUGACUGAUUCGAUUUCCUCCAAUGCAACGUCGCCGAGAUCGUCGAGAUCGUCGACUAUCGCACAGGGAAAGAGAAUAGCUCAAGAAACGGCGACGACACAAAGAAACGGCGACGGAAAGCGAGGGAGAGAAAGAGCGAAUACGAAUAUUUCCUCUUCCUCACGAUCAUCUUCAUCCAUAAAACGCAGCGGAAGCCGAUCGCUAUCUCCACUACGAGUCUCCGACAUCAUACUCGAUUCCGAUCUUGAAAUUCCUACAAAAUCCGCCAUUUCUUCCACCACAAGCAACGAUAAACACUCAAUCUCAUCAUCGGCAUCAUUUCUUUCCGCAUUCUCAUUCUCCAGAGGUCAGAGAAGAUGGAGAAUCAGAGACCUGUUACUUUUCCGAAGCGCAUCGGAAGGACGAGCGACGGACAAGAAGACAGUGGAAGAGAUGAAGAACUCAAGCUUCCGGUCAAUAGAGAGCCUGAGUUCAGUGUCGAGUUCGAGAAGGAGAGGACCGAUUUCACCUCACGAGUUGCAUUACAAAACGAACAGAGCAGUUUCAGAGGAAUUGAGGAAGAAGACGAGUUUGCCUUACAAACAUGGCCUCUUAGGCUGUUUAGGAUUCAAUUCUUCUAUGCAGCGAAGUUUCUCAAGAAGCUUUGGCUCUCUCGCACGUGCAUGAAAUAUUUUCUUCUUCUUUAAAAAAAUUAAUUUGAUUCAAUGUUGUUUUUGAAAUAGAUAUAAUAUUUGUAAGUUGUAAAUUUUGAACCCAAACAUAUCUCAACUGUCUUUAAACAAAGUAAAAGUAAACACAAAUUUCACCU